AUGUCAUCUCUCAAGUUAAAGUUCCAGUCGAGAUCUUGGAAGAGGGAUCAAUUCUUUAUAUCCACGGAUCCAAGCCUGUUCUCGAUAUCUCGACUUACAGACGUUUUCAACUCAAGUGACUUUUACUGGGCAAAUGCACCAUCGCCAGAGGCAUUCCGAGGAAUGAUUGAUAACUCGCUCUCCUUUGGAGUGUACGAAGAACCUCAAUCGCCCCAUACAACAUCAGAACCAAAUCUUGUGGGCAUUGCUCGAUGCGUCACCGACUUUGUCACCUUUGCAUACCUCACGGAUGUGUGGGUUGACCCCAAGCUCCAAGGAAAAGGGUUAGGAAGCUGGCUCAUUCGCUGUAUCCGGGAAGUUUUGGAGGACAUGCCGUAUCUGCGACGAACAAUGCUUUUGACUGGUGACUGGGAGCGGUCGGUACCUUUCUACGAGAAGCUCUUGGAUAUGAGCUCGGUUGAACCAAAGAGAGGCGAAGGACUUGCUGUGAUGGAAAGUAAGGGACGGGGUCAUCCGAGCUACGGCAAACCGGGUACCGGCUACAACUGA